CCUUAUACUGUCAGAAGAACACAACACCAAACCAGAGACAGCUCCAGCCUGCACGAUGGACCAAGAAAUCCUGGGACACAUCGUCCUCUUGGUAAUUGUCACUUUGAUCAGCGUCAUCCAGAAUGUAUUCUUUGCAUUCAAAGUUGAGAACGAAACGAAGAAUCAACAUUCCAGGAGUUUCCAAAGAACUGGCUCCCCCGCCUUUGAAAAAGUCUACACAGCAAACCAAAACUGUAUUGAUGCAUACCCCACAUUCCUCGCUGUGUUUUGGUGUGCCGGAGUACUCUGUAGCCAAGCUCCUGCAGCUUUCGCUGGUCUGAUGUAUUUGUUUGUCAGACAGAAGUACUUUGUUGGUUACCUGGGUGAGAAGACACAGAGCACUCCUGGAUACAUAUUUGGAAAGCGCAUCAUAUUCUUCCUGUUUGCCAUGUGCGUGGCGGGGAUCCUGAACCAUUACAUUGUCAUGUUGUUCGGAAGUGAUAUGGAGAUGUAUAUUAAAACAGUCAGUGGCACUUUCUCUCCUUUACUGCUUAUUCCAUAAUUGUAACCCGGCUAAAAGCGCUCCAGUAUAAAAACUUCAAUGAGCAUUGCA